AUGGACGACGACGACCUCCGCCUGCCCCGAUAAUCCCAGCGCUCUUCCCGCCUCCGCCCCCCCAUCUCUCCGCCGCCGGCGCUCCUCCAAAGAGAGGCCCCGGCUGGAGGAGGGCAAGCCCCGCCCUCUCCCGGGGACGCAUGCGCCCACCGCCCCGUCCCCCCCUUGCUGGCGGGAUCUCGGCCGCCGACUUCCAAGGCUCUCCGAACUUCGCCGGGAAGAAAGGGAAAGAGGCGCCGCCCGCCCGCCCGCGAUGUUAUGGCUGCCAAUGACCCGGAAGCAGGGCAGAGACAAAAAGAAGAAAUUGAAGCCCUGUCUGCUAUAUAUGGUGAUGAAUGGUGUGUUGUUAAUGAAGAAGAGAAAAUAUUUUGCAUUAAGAUCAGCGAAUGCCUGGAACAGCCAAAGUGGACUCUCUGUCUGCAGGUGAUCUUGCCUCCAGAAUAUCCGACAGCAGCCCCACCUAUUUACCAAAUUAAUGCCCCUUGGCUUCAACGACAGGAGUAUGAAGAACUAGCAAAUAGUCUGGAAGAUAUCUAUAUACAGAACCUUGGUGAAAGUAUCCUGUAUCAGUGGAUAGAGAAGCUAAGGGAAUUUUUGAUAGAAAAGUCACAAACAUCUGAUUUAGUAGGGCCAGAUGUUAAAAAAAGCACAGAAGAAAUUGGUGUAGAAUAUGAAGAUUUCCAACUAGAUGAACAGCCUCUCCAGGAGUGUACAACUUUAACACUGGAUUUUAAUCUGUUUGAAAGUCUAGAAGGUGAAGAAUUACCUCCAGUUUAUCAUGGCAAUCCAAUUACAGAUCGAAGAAGCACUUUCCAGGCACAUUUGGCACCUGUAGUGAGCCCCAAACAGGUGAAAAGUGUUCUGGCUGAGUUGUACAAGAAUAAGAAAAUAGCCAAUGCCACUCACAACAUAUAUGCCUAUAGGAUAUACUGUGAGGACAAGCAGACUUUCUUACAGGAUUGUGAAGAUGAUGGUGAGACAGCUGCAGGUGGUCGUCUUCUCCAUCUCAUGCAGAUCCUAGAUGUCCGAAAUGUUUUGGUGGUGGUGUCUUGCUGGUAUGGUGGCAUCCUGCUAGGACCGGAUCGUUUUAAACAUAUCAACAAUUGUGCCAGAAACAUACUUGUGGAACAGAAGUACACUUAUUCUUCUGAAAAUUUGUCUAAGCAGCUGGGGAAGAACAGAAAAAUAAAGAAAGACAAGAAGAAAAUGGAACAUUGAUUCAUUGUAGAAAAACUGCACAGUGAUGUUUCAUUUUUGCCUAUAUAGAUGGAGCCACUCAUUGAUGAAAGGAACUUUCAAAAUUCUCUGUGCUUUAUCUCAAAGACAUGGACCUACAAACCUGUAAUGAAGCAAGUACAUUCAAAAUUCUUUAGAAGAUCCAACAUGUUCAGACUAUUGUCUUGGCUGCUCAAUAUGAAUUGUCAAACAAAUGUGUUUCUAUGUGUAAUCGGUUAUUUAAUUUGUUUUAAAAAUCAUUAAAGAAUGAAGGGCA